AUGAGCAGAGCGACAAAACUAAUCCCAGAAGAGCAUCUGAAGACUCUCAAACGUCUCAGAGCUCAAAACCGCCAAAUGACUGCGAACAGCGAACGCGAAAUCGAGAACUGUCGCGCUCUCGACAAGACGAUGUCAAACAUCGUAGCCAUUUGCGCUCUCAAUAAAAACGAGUCCAAGAUGCAGAACAUGAAGCAGGCUUUUGACGCAAUUACUGUUGCGACGAGGGCUUAUGACAAAACUCUAAGGGAGUGUGUUAUUCAGCCGAAUUCAAGAAUCGACACUUUGUACAAGAAAAUCGAAAGUACGAUGGCUAGAUGUGAAUACCACGAGCAACAGUACAUGGAAAAGAAAGCCAAGCACGAGCGUCUGGCGGCCAAAGCAGGAAACAACCGCCAAAAGCAAAUAAAACUGCAUCAGUCGAACCAGGAUCUGCAAGAAGCGCGCGACGCAUACAUGCGACUGCGAAAAUGUCUCGACGACGAUAUCCCAGUGCUGCUGAAUCUGCUUCCUCAAGGGCUUGCUCUCACAUCCGACAUUAUCGACUCCGCUCGCCAUGAACAUCACAGCUCUGUUGAGAGAAUUACGAAGUCUGCCUCGCGUUUUGCCCUCGACGGCACGGACAUUGGCCUCACUCCGACCGGGCUGGUAGAUAGCGAAGCAACGAAUGCUAUUCUGACGAAAAUUAAAAACUUGAAGAUUGUUCAGAAUCAGGUGCAAUAA